AUGCCGACGGAAUUAGAAGAGCUUGUGGAGUUCCUCCACCAUGGAAACACACAGAUUCGCCAAACUGCGGCGGAACACCUGGUCGGCUACUCAGACUCGAACCUCGCACUCUUCAAGCGUAAUCAGCUGGAGCCUGUGAGAGAUCUAAAGCUUCUGGUGAAAGACUACGCGCCGAUCGCUAAGAAUGCGCUCACGAUCCUCAUCAACAUUUCUUCCGAUGCCGAAGUCCUGAAGUCGCUUGCGGAAGACGACAAACUACUCGAGACUCUACUUUCACGGAUAACACACCCGAAGGAGAAGGGCGCAAAUGAAAUCGCAAUGCUUCUCGCCAACAUGGCGAAGCACGAUUCCUUACAACGGGUCCUCGAGCUGAAGCGUGACGUCCCUAAGGAGCUAUCCUCGUCUAAAUGGGCCAUGGACCAGCUCAUGGACUGCUUCGUGAAAGGCGCUGCGGGCGCGUACAACAAGGAUGCUGACUACGAUUACCUGUCCUACUUCUUCGCCGACCUGGCCAAGUUCCCCAAGGGUCGCGAAUACUUGACCACACCUCAAGAACACGACAGCAACAUCAUACCCAUAACUAAGAUCCAGGUCUUUACAGAUCAUGCCUCGCAUAUUCGCCGUCUGGGAGUAGCAUCAACGAUCAAGAAUGUUUCCUUUCUCGUUCCGGCGCAUCCAGUCCUUCUAUCGAAUCUGAACCCAGACCCUACACUACCACCUCCCUCGAUCGGCGCGAACCUCCUUCCAUACGUACUUCUUCCACUCAUGGGGCCGGAAGAGUACGCGGAUGAGGACACCGAGGGCAUGUUAGACGAGCUACAACUACUCGAACCAGAUAAGGAGCGAGAGAGUGAUCCGGAGAUUAUGAAAGCACACAUAGAGACACUUUUGCUACUGAGCACAACAAAAGAGUCGAGAGAAGUGCUGAGACGGGUCAAGGUGUACCCGAUCAUCAGGGAGUGCCAUUUGCACGUUGAAAACGAGGACGUAAGAGAAGCAUGCGACCGUGUGGUACAGAUCAUACAAAGAAAAGAAGAGGGAGAGGAGGAGGAUAUACCCACCGGUAUUGGUGGUGACAGUGGAAGAAUGGUAGAGUUGAACGGCGACGAAGAAGAAGACGAAGAUGAGAAGAUAGUUGAUAUCGUCUAAGACGUAACUUGGAGAAAACACAACAAACGCCGGACAUACAAACAUGAAACGCUGAAGGUCCAUAUCUGCCCCGCAGC